AUGGGGCUUCCUGUAAAUACAAGAGAUGAGUAUGGGCUGGACUAUGAGUUUUUGCCAGGUACUGUUCAUUUAGUCGAUGUUGAUGGAGCUUUGAAUGUCAAGAAAUCAGAGAAUGGAGAUGUCAUUUUACACCCACAACCAUCCUCAAACGUGAAUGAUCCUUUGAGAUGGUCAAAGAAAAAGAGAAGUUUCCAAUUCGGGUUGGUGUGGUUCUGGGCUUUUAUGUUAGCUACAAGCAUCAAUUUCGCUGGACCGUUGUAUCCAACGUGGGUCAGAGAGUGGAACACAACUUUUGGCAUGAUGGGUGUUUCCACGGCUUUGGGGUUCUUGUUUCUAGGCGUGGGGGUCUGUUUUAUCCAACCAACUGGUUUGAAAUUGGGUAAACAGUUCUGCUACAAUGUUUGCACCUUAAUUAUAAUCGUUGGCUGCAUCAUGGGUGCGUUUUCCAAAAACAUUGGUUAUUUUUUGGCCUUUAAGGUCUUGGCAGGAAUCUCUGCUGCUCCCGUUGAUACCCUUGUCGAGAUCACUUCAACCGACUUGUUUUUCCAACAUGAACGCACAAGCGCAUUCAGUUCGUUGAUCUUGGCGUUAUAUGCUGGUAGUUUCUUGGGCCCAGUUGCUACUGGGUACAUUGCUGGAACCAUUGGCUGGAAAUGGUGCUACUACAUUCAAAUCAUCAUUUACGUUCCGCUUCUCGUAGCUCAGAUAUUUUUGAUGGAGGACACAACGUUUAAACGUGCGGAAAACGAGGAGGAAGCUUUGGAAGAAGGAAUCAUGGAACAAAUCAAAUCGAUCCGAAGCGGCGAGCAGCAGCAACGUCAACAGCAACCCGCCGAUUCUCCAGAAAUGAAAGAAUUUGGCGAUGUCGAAGUGGCAUCUGAUAGCAGCUCCAGUCAGUUGUCUCAAACGCCGUACACGUGGCUCCAGAAAAGAAACUGGGUCCACUCCGAACAAGGUGAGGAACGCUCCUGGUUUUGCAUCUUUAUCAGACCCGUGUUUAUGAUUCCCUUGCCCGCGGUCGUUUGGGGUGGAUUGGUUUAUGGCUUCCAGAUGUGCUGGUUAUCUCUAAUUGUCAACACCCAAGCUCGUAUCUAUGGAUCUCCGCCAUACAAUUUCAGCGUUGAAAGCGUGGGUCUCACCAACGUCUCCGUGUUUGUUGGAAAUGUGUUUGGUAUGUUUUAUGGAGGCCAAUUUGUCGAUUGGUUCACUGUCCAGAUGGCAAGGCGCAACAAGGGUAUCUUGGAGCCUGAACAUAGAUUACACGCCAUGCUCGUGCCUACCUUGAUCAAUGCCGCAGGCAUCUUGGCGUAUGGGUUGGGAUCUUAUUAUCAAGCCCACUGGGCAGUCUCGGUCAUCAUUGGCCAGGGUUUCAUGGGUUUCGCCAUGAGCUCUUCAGGGGCAAUCUGUUUGGUGUACCCAGUUGAAUGCUAUGAGAAGCUCACAAGCGAGGCCCUUGUUCUCAUGUUGUUCAUGAGAAAUAUGAUUAGUGUCGGGUUCAACUUUGGAAUAACACCGUGGAUCACAAGCCAGGGCUUGAAGGGAGCCACUUGGGUCAUGUUUGGUCUCUCCUUGGCAAUUAACGGGAGCUAUCUUGUUUUCACUUUUUGGGGCAAAGACAUUAGGAGGCUCACCAAGCCUUGGUAUGGAAAAAUAAGUGAUCCCCUUUUUGGUGAAUUCUUAAGGCAGAAGAAGAGAAAGUGA